CAAGAGAAUAUCUUAUGAUAUAUUGAACUUUUGUACGAUAUUAGAUAUCACGUGGUUUUGUGUACAAAUAUCAACCAAUCACAGACCAGAUAAAAAGGGCAGAAAGUACAGUAGUAUAAAACUAAAUUAUGACAGUUUAAACGGCAAACGAGGUUAAAUUUCCACUACGAACGAAUCGUUGCGAACACAUUACACUUUGGAUAUAUUCUGCUUUGUGUUAACGUAUUUGUAAAUAUGAGAAAUUACGACAGAAAUUCAUCUCUUGACUCGGAUUCUGACAUGUCAUGUGACGAGUACAGCACCUGUACAUUCCAAAAUUCAGUUCAAAUCGCUGAGCGGGAGGAUAGGCUUAUCAAAGGAUUGUUUGAAUCGGCGCAUGUCCUUGAAAUGUGCCCUGAAAUAGUUGAAACAUGCAUACUUCCACGGGGUAUAAGUCAGAACAUUUCUACACUUAUCCAACACAAGUUGAUUGAGGCGUACUGUUUGGAAAACGACAUCGAAAUCAUUAAAGUAGACCAUGAAGAAUUCCAUCACACAUUUAAAGAACAGCGCAACAAAUCAACGGACUUUGCACCCAUUGAAUGUGUCCUUUUGACGUCUAAGUCAGUCACAGGGGAACUUGAAAUGGAUAUUAUGCCAAGUUUAGAUGAUGAACAGUUUGGUUGAAAUGGAACAUAGUCAAAAUUGGCUUCAUCUUCAAAUGGUUAUUUGAAACGGUUCUUCUGAAAGUUCCAAAGAUAUGUAAAAAGACAAUUUCAGGACAGAAAUGUUAACGUUUGAGCUGACUAAAGUCCGAUAUAGCUAAAUGUUGAUGCGAAGCACAUUGUGGAUUUAAAAGGGAGUCGUUAGUUAAUCAGAUUGAGGGAGGAGAGGACCUUUCCACAUUUAAGUGGAAAGAAAAAAAAACUAGUCUAAACGUGACUAUUCUGACAAAUAUGAAAUAAUAAUCGCAGGUGAUUGACAAUUCAUAUAAGAGACUGGUGUUUUUGACAAAUAUAAAGAUACACAUUUAUGGAAUGUUUUGUAGCAACAAGAAACCUAAUAACGAAGAACAAAUUAAAAGUGAUAUUAACAUUAGAUUAAAAAUGAAUUUGUCAAUGCAACACAUAAUACAGAGAGAUAAAUCUUGCAUACUUACUGUCUAGUAUAGCUACUGAAAUGUCUUGUUCUUCCAAAUAUCUGACAAGACAGUUAGAGUUCAUAUUUUAUUGAAAUAAAGAUCUUGACUAAAGAAAGAA